GCUCUUUUUCCACUUACUGUUUUUUGGCUCUCGAGAUUUGAAGUGAAGAGAACGCGAAGGCGAAACAAAGAGAUAGAAGUUGAAAAAUUUUAGGGUUUCGUUUUCUCUUAAAUCGAGAUCUGAGAUGUCAGAUCCGUUACUUGACAGCGGCGAUGGGCUGACGGCGGCGGAGUCAGCGCCGUCGUCGAAGGGGGAAGGGAAGUCGAGCUCGAGGAGAAGACUCGCGAUCCGAAAGAGUUUGGAUGCGGAUGAGUUCAUUAAUUUGCUGCAUGGUUCGGAUCCAGUUAAGGUCGAGCUCAAUCGAUUGGAGAAUGAAGUUCGAGACAAGGAUCGGGAGUUGGGGGAGGCGCAAGCGGAGAUUAAGGCGCUGAGAUUGAGCGAGCGCGCCAGAGAGAAAGCUUGUGAAGAGCUUAAUGAAGAAUUGGAGAAGUUGGAUGAGAAGCUCAAAUUAACUGAAGCCCUACUAGAACACAGAAAUCUGGAAAUUAAGAAGAUUAAUGAUGAAAAGAAAGCAGCCAUGGCUGCUCAGUUUGCUGCAGAAGCUACACUUAGAAGAGUCCAUGCAGCUCAAAAGGAUGAUGACAUGCCCCCAAUAGAGGCCAUUCUUGCACCGCUUGAGGCAGAAUUAAAGCUUGCUCGUCAGGAGAUCACAAAGCUGCAGGACGACAAUAGGGCUUUGGACCGCCUUACCAAAUCGAAGGAAGCAGCAUUACUGGAAGCUGAAAGGACUAUCCAAAUCGCUCUGGCGAAAGCUUCGAUGGUGGAUGAUUUGCAAAACAAAAACCAGGAGUUAAUGAAACAGAUUGAGAUCUGUCAGGAAGAAAACAAGAUCCUAGACAAAAUGCAUCGUCAGAAGGUUGCGGAGGUUGAAAAGCUCAGCCAGACUGUGAGAGAGCUUGAAGAAGCUGUUCUUGCUGGUGGUGCCGCUGCAAAUGCUGUGAGAGACUACCAGAGGAAAGUUCAAGAGAUGAAUGAAGAGAGAAAAACUCUUGACCGAGAACUAGCCCGUGCAAAGGUUUCAGCUAACAGAGUCGCAGUUGUAGUGGCAAAUGAAUGGAAAGAUGCUAAUGACAAAGUAAUGCCUGUUAAACAGUGGCUUGAAGAGCGGAGAUUCAUGCAGGGAGAAAUGCAACAACUACGAGAUAAACUUGCUGUUGCGGAACGUACUGCAAGAUCGGAGGCCCAGUUAAAGGAUAAAUUUCAGUUACGACUUAAAGUCCUUGAAGAUGGCCUGAGGAUGUCUUCAAGUGGUUCAAAUCGCUCCACUAUAGAUGCGAAGAGUAUGAGUAAUGGUUCUUCUCGUCGCCAGUCACUUGGAGGAGCUGAGAAUAUAUCAAAAUUAUCUCCAAAUGGCUUUCUACCCAGGAGAUCACCAUCAUUUCAAAUUAGAUCAUCACUUUCUAAUAGUACUAGUACUGUACUGAAACAUGCGAAAGGGACAUCAAAAUCAUUUGAUGGUGGAACUAGGUCACUUGAUCGGGGUAAGAUCCUUGUAAAUGGGGCCGCCCAUUCACUCAACAGAUCUAUUGAUGGCACCAGAGACAAUGAGAUACCCAGUGAUUGGAAGGAAAAUUCAGAUGAAAAACCAUCUGAGUCGACUAAUGCAGACACUGAAGAUACUGUUUCUGGAAUGUUGUAUGACAUGUUGCAAAAGGAGGUAAUAACCCUAAGGAAAGCAUGCCAUGAGAAAGACCAAAGCCUGAAAGACAAGGACGAUGCAAUCGAGAUGUUAGCAAAGAAAGUGGAUACUCUAACUAAAGCAAUGGAAGUGGAGGCCAAGAAAAUGAGAAGAGAAGUAGCUGCUAUGGAGAAAGAGGUAGCUGCUAUGCGAGUGGAGAAGGACCAAGACAACAGAACUAAACGACUCGGCAGUUCCAGGGUUCCUGGAAAUGCUUCUCAGCUACUUCCUGGGAGGACUGUGGCGAGAAGUGCGUCGAUGCGCAACAUGUAAUGAGAAGCUAAGUGCAACAUGUAAUGAGAAGCUAAGUGAAGCAGUAAUGAGUUACAAGAUAGGCUUUGGUGUCUUUUGUCAAUUUUCUUUUCUUCCCUCUUUUUUCCUACUCAUUGAUUUAUAAAAUUAUAACUGCCGGCAAGCCUGUGAUAAGCGUGAAUAUUUUAGGAAGCAAAUUUGAACAGAUGUCGGUCUAGAUGUUACAUUGCUGACGCUGCUAUAAUAAGCGGUGGUGGAAGUGAUGCUGAAGUUUGCUAACACUCGAGUCCUUAUCCUUCUGAUAAGAACUUCCUGCUUUGUUCUAUAGAUUGGUGGGUCUUUCUCUCUUCUUCCAUUUGUAAUUUUCAGUUGUGUGAUGGAUUCUUUUCAUUCCCAGGUUGUGAAUAUUAUUGUAAUUGCACAUGAGCACUCACUUGAGUUGAGUUGUGUUGUGUUGUGUUGCUGUUGACUUCAGUUUGUGUCUUCGUAAUGGUGAAUCUGAAGGCAGUUGGUGUUUUAUAUA